AGGGUUUCUCCGCGAAGCAUUACAACGCACGGCUCGUUUAUUUGGUGUCCUAAGAGUUUUGCAUAAGAGUGUUUUGUGCGCCUGACAGCUGUCACGACAACAUUGCACAAAGUAGCCAGUUUAGCUUAGCUUAGCGGUUAGCUUAGCUGUUAGCCUGGCUUGUAAUAAAUAAGUCAAAGCGUACAUCAUUUAUUCCUUGUCGAGCUGGCCACUUUGCAGGGAUGGUUGAUUUUUUUUUUCUUCCAAAGCUCAACUCUGAGUUAUUAUCGCUGUGCCUUUGCUAGCCUGUGAGCUAGCUUUACUUGUGGGGUAAAAAUGGGCUCUUUGCUUGUGUUGCAACUAAACACUAAUGCAAUGAAGCACAGGCCUAUCUAAACACACCCUCCCACUUCAAAGUAGCCACAGCUUGCUCUCAACUUGUAGUCCUUAUGUGAGAGCCGUGGAGCUUCCCAUCUCAGCCCCCUUACUCUGAUAUGAGCAAACUUGCAGGAGUGGGCUUCUGACUUGGGGGAUAAGCCUCAUUCAUAGUUGGGGGACAGACCAGGUGUCAGCAUCGAGUCAGGUGUUUCUGGCAGUCCCUGUGCUUCCAACCCAGCAGCAUGUACGUUGGACAGUGGACACCCUAGCCAAAACAGAUCCUGGCUUCCCAAAGAUGACAAGGUGCUGGAAGGCAGCAGCUACAAAAUGAUGGGAGGCAGUGAGACUGUCAGUGGGGACAAGGAUGGGGUCCACACCACGGCAAUACAUGUCCCCAUCGGCUGGCAGAGGAGGGUGCAGGACGGACAGGUGGUCUAUGUCAGUCCCAGUGGCACUGCCCUAUCCUCUCUGGACGAGGUCAAAACCUAUCUGUUGACUGAUGGCACCUGCAAAUGCGGUCUGGAGUGUCCACUCGUCAUCCAUAAGGUUUUCAACUUCACUAUUGGUGUGAAGGUGGAGCAGCACAGCCAGCCACUCGGCAAAGCAGAGCAGGACAUGACCAAACUCUGCAACCACCGCAGGAAAGUGGUGGCAAUGGCUGCUCUGUGUCGCAGUAUGCAGGCCUCACAGCUGCCCUUCACCACCCUUCAUCCAGAGGUGAACAGUGGGGUCAUGGACAGCCGCGAUCCAAAGAGGAUACUCAUGGAGCGGGACGACGAGGACCGUGGCACUUACCAACCCAAACCCCAUCUAGUCCCCCUGCGACCCCACAACAACCUGCACCCGGUCCCCUGUGCCAGCCCCAGAUCAUCCCCCCAGCUCAUGUACCCUUACAAUGGUUCCUCCCCCCUCCUCCACACAGGCACGAACUCGCACCAUCCCCUAGAUGCUCUGAGAAGGCUUCACCAUCCCGCUCCCAUCCCCACCUCCUCCUCCAACGUCUCCUCCAGCUCCCCAUUCCCAGCUUACAGCACUGCCCAGAGGUCACCCCGCACCCCCACACCUCAGAACGUCAGUCAGGGUCAAAGGUCAACACCCAAAACCCCAGAGACUCCUGGUUCUCCUCGAUUGGGGCCCCUCUCCCCGCCUCCCCCAUCCUCUCCCAUGACCCUUGGCGGUGGAGGGGGAGGAGGAGGAGGAAGAGGAGCGCAGACUCAUGCUCACCAUCCUCAUGGUGUUAUUGUAGGCGGGUCUCCCCUCUCACCAUCUCCCUCCCUCUCUCCUUCUGUCAGUAACAUGAACUGUGUGUCUCCUCACCAGAGGUCCCGCCACCCCUCGGCCUCUUCCUCCUCCUUGUCGGAGCAGGGAGGAGGCUUGGCAGCAGAGGGAGGAGGAGGGCUGAUGGGAAGUAACUUGCCCCAGAGGAGGAAAUCCACCUCUUCCUCUCCACACUCCCCUCUUGCUGGUGGCUCCCCAAACCCCAGCCUCCACUUCCCCAAAUACAAGCUGGAGGACAUCUUGGAGCAGUUUAAGAACUCAGGCAACAGCAGCACUAACAACCACCACCUCCUUGUUCCCACCAACCCCUCCUUACUGACCAACCAAAGCAGCAGCAACCCUCAUGUUCUCUCCCUAGCUCUUGAUAAAGUUGCCAACUUGAAGCCGUCAAAGACUCCUGUGGGUGCAGCGCCCAACACAGGACCACAAGGAUUUGGCCUCAACACUGCAGGGCCCUCCGGUUUACCUCUGGGGCCAUUUCUGAACCACCACCACGGCCACCAGGGCAGGCAGACGCACCCGGCUUCCUUCCCAGCUAGUAGCCUCCUCUCUGCAGCUGCCAAGGCCCAGCUGGCCAGCCAGAUGACCCAGAGCCAAGGUCCAGUUUUGCCCAGCAACCCAGUGAGCUUGGCCACUCCUCUGGAGGUCUUGAAAGAGACACAGCAGCAGCAGUCAUCGAAGGUAACAAACAGCACUUUACAUAACAACCUCCCUCCUUCCUCCAUUGCUACUACCAGGCCGCCUCCUCCCCAUCCUUCCCUCACAGCGGCCUCCUCCCUCCUCUUCCCUCCAUCCCACCCUCUGGCCCAGUCCCUGGCCACCUCCUCGCACCACCUCCCGCCCACAGCGGACCGCAGCGCCUCUCACAGGAAGAGGCAACGCCGAUCUCCCACAGUGCUCAGCAUGCUGAGAGACACCCAGCAACUUGCUAAUGGGCCAAGGAAAACCCCACCUGGAGAUGCCGUUUCCGCUGCCGUCAUCAACCUCUCGUCCUCUUCCUCCUCCUUCCCCUCUCCCUCACACUCCUCCUCUACCUCAGCUGCACAGAAACAUAACGCUGCCAUCUUAGAGAACCACCAGCAUCUCCUUCCCGGGCAGAUGCCCAGGCUCUCUGCUAACCGGCAGCCAGCACCCCUUGCUGGGCCCCCCAGACAAAGUGAGGCCCUGGAUUUCACUACAGGCCUGACGUCGGCCACAGGGCCUCCUCUUGGCUUGGAUCCUCCAACACAGCCCCUGUCUGCUUUGUUACACCUGCUCAGUGUGCAGAACGCCCAGGCCACAGCCGCUGCAUCCAGCUCUGCAUCAGUUCAGCUGGGAUCUGUAUCUAUUGGAGGAGGAGGCGGUGGAGGCACGAAUAAACAUAGCCCCAGACUGUCGCCCUCUUCCCCUGCCCCUCACUCCAGCGUCAGGUCCCUCCAGCCUCAGUCUCCAUGCCGAACCAAUAACACUACUCCUCUACCCUCAACGCCACAACCCCUCUCUCCUCCUCCUUCCUCUUCUCAGUCCAGAUCAGUGCAGUCUCCAUCACAGCCUCAAUAUGCUAAAUCAGGACAGAGACUUUCCCCUUCUUCUGUAGUGCCACCCAGCUCUCAUUUACCUUCACACAACAGCACUAACCCCCCCCAGCACACUUCUCCAACUCCCUCAGACAAGCACCAACCGCCUGAAAAUCUCAUUCCUACAAUAGACUCCAUUUCCCAGGCACCCUUGCAGGAAGCCUCUCCCCAGGUCACCGCGGCAACAGAGAUUGGCAGCAGUAGCAUGUCAACAACAGUGGACCUGAGUCAUUCUCAAAGUGGUGUUGCUAUGGUGAUAUCCACCUCCCCUAAGCCUCUCGAUCUUAGCAACCAUGUUCUGGCGCUGCUUGCAGCAUCUUCCACUGUGCCCCAGGGGGAGGGCAGCUCAUCGUACCGUACUGCCGGUGCUGUGACGUCUCCGCCAGGAAAUCACACUACAGGGCCAGAUGAGCCUGUGGGUGUGGACCCACAGGUGUCCACGGUGACCAAACCUCCAGGGGCCAACAGCCCUGGGCCUAGCAGCUCAUCUCGCCUGGGGGACAACCCCAGUCCCACUACCCCUUCUAGUGUGGGGGACUCAUCAGCUCCUUUGCCUCUAGCAGAGGCGUUCCCCUUUAUGAACCAAGAGCAGCUGCUCCAGCUGUUGUCAACCACCGGAGGUCUACCCUCUCUCCUUGACCAUACAGUCCUGGCUUCACUGCCUUUAGGGGGGCUGUGGCUGGGUGGGCAACAGGGACAGAUUUCCCCUGCCCAUGCUACACCACAAGCUCCACAGAAUCUUGCAGAGCAGCAGCAAUCAGAACAACAGCAACAGUUACUGAUACAGCAGCAAGAGGCACAGCAGCAAAACCAGGACCAGCAACAGAAACAACAAAUGAACAACAAUCCCCUUUUUCCCUUGUUGCCAUCAUUGGUUGGUGGUCAAGGGGAGCUGCCUCUGAACCUUUUGGGCCUGCUGAACCCGCUACCACCUCCCACCACCUCAAACCACACACCAGGACAGGAAGGCGAUCUGGGGCUAGCAGAAAAACCUGGGCUCCAGGCUCUUCUCAUGGCCUCUUUGCUGCUUGGGCAACAGCAGGCUCCUGUUUUGCCUCUAUCAGGGCUGGGUCAGUUGAGCCAGGUCAGCCUGGAAGUCCCAACCACACUAGAGGGCCUCCCGUUGGAUAAGACCUCCGGCCUCCUGGAUCCAUCAUCUCUCCCUGGCCCUGGGCUCUUGGAGGUCCUCCAGGGCCUUCUCCCCCCUCCACCAGCUGAGGGCUCUCUUCAAGCCCUGCAAUCCCUGAUCCUUCCUACCCCUCUUCCUCCUCCACCCACAGCCUUUCUCCCCCUCAGCCCCGCCCUGCUAACCGCUGCCCUGGGCUCUGCCGAGCUCCACCCGCCUCCCCCCACCCAGCUAGCUCCCGCACAGCAAACCCAACAUACCCAGCCUCAGGUGACCACUGACCCUGGUGUUGAGACCUUGAUCCCCCUGCCUCUCCAAGGCAAGGACAACCCCAUCCUCCAGCAAUUGCUGCCUGCCUUGCUCAACCCCACUGUACUAGGAGAUCUUUCUGGCAUCCCAGGCCUCCAUAACAUGAUGGGGCUAGGAGCUGGUUCAAUCCUCCUACCACCGGUUCAGGCGUCCGCUUUGGGGAUGCCCCUGCUCCAGGGUCCUGAUGGAGCCAUCAACCUACUCAAUAACAUACAGCUGAACAUUGCCCCACCCUCAGAAGGAGACAAGCCAAUGGCAUUGCAAGAAACACAAAACCCCGCCCCACAGGAAGACAUUCCAGCCAGUCAGCUUGCUCCAGAGGUCGUACCCAGCCCUGCUCCUCCUCCUGCACCUGCACCUGCGCCUGCCCCGAACCCCACCCCACCUCCACAACGAGGAUCUGAGGGCGGGUCUGUUAGCAGUGGGGGGGUCAUUGAUCCCUACACCUCUUUCAUGGACACAAUUUAUACCUCCUUCCUCCAAGUCAGCGCUAAAGAGCAGGAAGACGGGGCCCAGUUGGGGCCAUCAGACCCCACCUCACCCUUCUGUGCCUUACCCCCGGUUUCUUUCCCAGGGGAGCACCCCGCCCCGUCCACACCUGUUUCCACUCUCCCCCAGGCAAGUGCCCCGGUCUCUCUCAGCCCACGCCGGGCCUGCUCCCUCCGCAACCCUGACCUGUCGCGACUCAACCUGGAAGCAGCAGCCCACUCCCCAGCCCAGGGGACCCCCAAACCCACAGAGGACGGGUCUACGUCACCCUUACAAAGGAAACCAGUUAUGGUAGAGGGACACACGCACCCAGAGCCCCCUCUGCCGCCCAUAUACUUAGAGGAAGCUAAGACGGACUGUGUGGGGCCUGCUGCAGCUGUGUGCCCCUAUGUAGAUGCAGGGGUGGAGAGGCAGGGGGAUCUGCCCCAGACGGGAGGGUACCUCAGUCCCAGGGAUGGAUGCAGUGGAAGGCCUAAGGAAGAGACAGCUGGGACACUACUACACACAGAACAGGGAAGGGAUCAAGCAGGAACAACGGGAGGAGCCAGAAGAGGAAGGAAAAGGAAACAAACGCUACAGAAUGUGCUAGAAGAUUUCAGAGACAUGGAUUCUACAGCCCUAGAGGAGACAAAGCCUACGACAGCACUGCUGAAGCCUGAGAGGUCAGUCCGCGGCAGGAGGCGACGAGGCGCCAGGUCUCAGAGGCAGUGAUUGGUGGAGGGAGCCGUCAGUCCACGCUGUUCACCAAUCAGAGGCGGCCAGAGGCCCCUGAUCCACCCCCUCCACCCCCCUCCAUCUCUCCUCCAACAUCACCACUGCUCUCCACUGUCUAGAUCUUUUUAUUUUAUUUUAUUUUAUUUUUUCGGCUGCACUAAUAUUAUACCGUUGUCAUGUCAACUGUCGUUAUGGCAACCACUAUGAAAAAAACAUAGGAGAGAUUUAGUCUGAAAAAUAUGUUUAUAAAAACUAAAAAAAAAAAAAAAAAAAAUCUAAAAAAAAAAAUUAAGAGAAAUUCCAUGGAUGCUUUUUCACUUAGGUCUUCUCUUAGAUCUAGUUCACAAAAUAAUGGUUGCUUGACUUUGUGGUCAGAGAUCCGUUAAUUAAUGGUUGGUGUUAGAGUUGUGUCAAUGAAAACACAAAAAAUAAACAGCUGUACUGUCUCUUCUCAUCAGUGUGUUACUGUGAGCCAGGAUAAAGCCCAUCUACUUGAAUGAUGCUAUGGUUGCUCUCUGUCGAAAGUGUGAGUGUGUGCUCGUCAUUUUACGUGUCCUGUGUGUGUUUGAGUGUGUCGGACAACAGUGCUAUUACUGAGCCCCCUCGGCCGUGGUUUCGUUAAAUUUAUCAGAAUUUAAUGAAAGGAGACCCGGGCCUUUUUACAGUGGCUGCCUUUCAAAAUACUUUCCUUGGGGAUUUGUAGCAAGGAAACAACCUUGCUUUAUUUUUUUCGCCAUUUUGAAAUAACCUUUAUUUUGGACAAGCUAAGGAAAGGAUUUUGAGAGCAGACGUUCAGUGAACCAGAGCAAUAUUCUUUGUUCCUGCAGCUCUUUGGUCAGUUUACCAUCAGCUGCUGCUCGCGUUCAAGAAAAUUACUUGAUGUCACGAGUUGUUCCUUAAUGGUCUUUACAUGUGUCAUGUAAAUCAGUGGAUUAAUUGGGAUCUCAAACUCUGAAACCUGUCGGAGUGCCUUGGUUUGGUUUGGUUUGAUGCUCAUAGAUGCGUGAGCUGAGAAAAAAGUGAAUUUGUACAGCUUGCUGAAGACAAGGCAAAGCAAAUUUGUUUGUAUAGCACAAUUCAUACUCAAAGGCAACUCACAGUGAAUCAUGUUAUAUCAGCAGACAUCGUGGUUUCUAGGCAGAUUAGGAAAGCAUAGAAACUGAAUUUGACAAUAUUCAAGUCGGCAAGAAUUUUGGAAUAGUAUUGGAAAAACUAUUGUCCAGCUCCAAUAUAUAUUUUUUUUUUCUUUUGGAGACCCACUACCAUUUCACAUACUGUGUUAUUUGUUGUUGUGAACAAUUCUGUUUAGCUUUAGCAUGAUAGAGCUUAAUUGAAAAUCAUGUCACCUAGCAACUGUAUUGGACCCAAAUCUUCAUCCCCGGGCAUGAAAUUAGAGUCUGGAAAAAGUUCCAGAUUUGGUUGCAGGAACCCCAAGAAACACUACUCAGUUAUAGACGGUGUGUCCUUUAUUUGAUCGAGUGAAUGGCUGAAAACCUUGUGUGCUCAGAGAGAUAAUGUGUGUGUGGGUUUGUUGAGUCAGUGUAUUACUGUGGACUUCGAGUAAUCCUUUCUCUCUGUCUCAUAUCACUGUUUGAGCUCUCCUCCACACACUGCCCCGCCCUAAGAGUACUGGCAUCUCUAGCUGUAUUUAAAAAAAAUAAA